AUGACUAUCCAAGAGGCGGCAGAGGCAGUUAUUCAGGAUACUAUUCAAGAUAUAGCGAUUACGGUUACGGAGGUGGUGCAAAUGCUUAUGAAUACCCAGAAAGUGGUUAUGGUUACGGCCGAAGAAGAUAUGACUAUGAUUAUGAUUAUAAUUAUCCACCUCGAAAUAAUUAUGGGUAUACUUCAAGAGGACGUUAUUACCGUGGUGGCUAUUCCCGUGGAGGGUAUUAUGACCGAGAAUAUAGAUCUGAUCGGGGACUGCGCCCACCUCCAAGAGAUUAUAAAACUAAAUCAUUCGAUGAUGGUAAGUAUCAAAGAGAAGGGAUCCAGCAUGAAGGUAAUCCGAGCUUAA